AUGGUAUUUGAAUCGGAAAAUGCUGCCAGAGUUUUCUAUGAUGAAUAUGCUAAACGGGAAAGAUUUCUUACACCUAUUGUAUCAUCCCGUAAGUCUGAGCAUGAUGGAACAGCUAUAUCUCGCCGACUUGCUUGUAAUAAAGAAGGGUUUAAUCUCAGCAGCCAAAAGACAGGGCAAGUUAAAAUUAGAAAAAGAGAAGGCAAACGGGAGAGUUGUAUGGCAAUGAUAUUGGUGAAGAGAGAAAAGCUAGAGAAAUGGGUGGUGACAAAGUUCAUGAGGGAGCAUAAUCAUCCAAUGGAACUUGGAGGUGGGGUGGGGUGGGGUGGGGUGGGGAUUCCAAUAAAGUCCCAACCACCCUUUAGAACAUCCUGGGCUAUGCUCAUUCAGCCUAGAAUUCUAGCCAUUCAGGCGAAUCAUGCAUAG